AUCACAGCAGAGGCAGGGAGAAUAACAAGGCUGAGGGAGAGCUGCUGAAAGAGGAAAGAGCUAUGAAAAAGCGAGGGAGAAGGGGAAAUCAUAGCAGCACAGAGAGGAGAGCAGACAAAGAGGAGAAGGAGGAUGCAUAGAGGGAAGAGCGGCGAUCAGUAAGGUCUCCAGAGGAGGAGAGGAGAUGAGAAGAGGAGAGCGUAGAGGCAACACAGAAAACAUCCAUCAGCGGAGUUCGCCAUGCUCUGAGCUCUGGAGCUGCAGGGCUACUCAGACACCGCUGAGAGUCAGGCCCACAGUGCGGCCCUCCAUCCCUGCUGCAAACACCGCAGAAGAUUCCCAUCCCAUCAGACAGGCAGAACAAUCAUGAGAACAUCUAGGAAAGGCAGCGUGGAGAUGCCUGCAUUUGUGCGGCAGCUGGUGAAAGAAACAGAGAAGAGGGUCAGCUCCUUCUUCAAAGGAGGCCGUGGAGGAGCUGCUGAGGGGGAACAGGCAGGGGAGGGGGAGAAAGAGGAGGUCAUCCCCAGCCCCUACCUGGACCGGCCAGUUCUGGACAAGUUGACAGAGGAGGGCUGCGUCCGCUGGGGCCUCACGUACGCACUGGGCAGCAUGCAGGGCUGGAGGGCCAACAUGGAGGACUUCCAUAACUGUGUGCCUCAGCUUGGCGGGGAGUUGGCUGACUGGAGCUUUUUUGCCGUAUUCGAUGGUCAUGCUGGCAGCACAGUGGCUCAGUAUUGUUCCCAGCACCUUCUGGGUCACAUCCUGGCUGCAGAUGGAAUUGCAGCUGAUGACAACCCUGAAAAGGUGAGAGGCGCCAUCAUCGACGGCUUCAUGCAAACAGACAAACAUCUGCACUCUGUAGCCCGUCGAGAAGGCUGGGAGAGGGGUGGCACCACGGUGGUGGCGGCUCUCAUUUCCCCCUAUUACAUCUACUUUGCCAACUGUGGUGACUCCAGAGCAAUGCUGUGCCGGUCCGGACAGGUCUGCUUCUCCACUGAGGACCACAAACCCUUCAGCCCCCUGGAGAAAGAGCGGAUCGAAAGUGCAGGGGGCACUGUGUCCCUCCAACGAAUCAACGGCUCUUUGGCUGUUUCCCGUGCCCUGGGGGACUUCAGCUACAAGGGGGCGGAGAACCGGACCCCCUGCCAACAGAUGGUGUCCCCAGAACCGGAGGUGUGUGUUGUGGAGCGCUCGCCUGCAGAUGAGUUCCUGGUGCUGGCCUGCGAUGGGGUCUGGGACACUAUCAGCAAUGAGGAGCUGUGCGCCUUCAUCCACAAUAGACUGCGUGUCUGCAAUGAACUGAGGGACGUCUGCGCUCAAGUCAUUGACCUCUGUCUCUAUAAGGGCAGUUUGGACAACAUCAGCAUCAUUUUGAUUUGCUUCCCUGGAGCCCCCCAGCUGUCAGCGGAUGCACUGCACCAGGAGGCCGAGCUGGAGGAUCUGCUGGAGGCCAAAGUUGCAGAGAUUUAUGAAGAGUUGUGCUCAGCUGGCGAAGAGCCUGACCUCCUGUCUGUCCUCACAGUCCUAGCAUCCACUGUCAUCCCCGGAUUACCUCCAGGUGGAGGCAUUCAGAGCAAGAGGAACUGCAUCAUCUCUGCUUACUACCAACAGAGAGACACACACAAGCCUGCAGUACCAAAUGGUCUCGGAAGCUCAUGAGAAGUGGAUUUUUUUCCCCCUUUACAAUCCAAAGAGGAAAUGUUAUCAAUGUAAAUAUUCCACCUGUUUUUCCUCAUGUGAGAAAUCCAACAACAAAAAGGGAAAUUAUGAGCAAAGCGUGGUGUCGGUUAACAUCACACAUGCAGGUAAAAAACAGACCUAAUAAAGCUCUAUAGUUUAUAUUUCUAUGAGAAGGAUAUUUUGUAAGAUUUGCUCCUAAAUUGUCUUCAAAAAGACAGUACAUAUGAUCAAUUCACAAGACUGAAAAAUUAAAAAAUAAACUUUGUAGCAGAUUCUCUGAGUGCAAACAAACUCAUUUACUCUGGUCGGGCUCCUAUUUAGAAGAUCAUAUUUUAAUAAAUACAAACAAUAAAAACUGUUUGAUUUUGUAAUGCACAAAGGGAAUUCCUAAAAAAACAAAACAAUUUUACAUCCAUUUCUGAUCAAAAUUUUAAAGUUGUGCUUUCUGGAAUUUUUCUGUCUGCUCAGAGUGACAAAGAAAAUCACAGAUCAAAUAUUUUAUUGAAAGAAAAUUAUAUUUCACAAUCUAUUAUAUAAAAUGCUUUCUAAAGAGGUGAUUAUCUUUUUUACAUGUCAGUUUAUAGUUGAAAGUUUACGUGCAACAACAAAACAAGCAUAUCCUAUAAAAUUCCCUAAAUCUGACAUAACUAAUUGAUCAUGUGUUACACAAACAGACUGUACAUCAAAAAAUAACAAUCAAACACAUUUUGCUGGUCUUAUUCUAAACUUAUCAUAUGUCAAAACAUAUUCUUUAAGUGUCUGUGAAAUGUAUUUUUUCUGUGAACUGGUUGAUAUGUGCUGUUCUGCCUUAUUAAUCUUUUUUAGAGUUGAUAAAACAGCAACAGAAAAAGUGCAUUUCUGCAUGGAUUCAAUUUCUCCUGCAUUCGUCUUCUAUUAUUUCUGUCAUUUUAUGUGAAUAGAACAGACAGGAUAAGACUUCCGUCUCAAUAAAGGAUAUCAAAACCCAAAUCAAUUGUUUUAUUCUUGUUUUAAGCCAAAAUAUUUAGGCUAACCAUUUGGACUUAAUGCUACAUGACAUUAAAUGUUUAUUAGGGGUGUAUCGAUUUGUUUCACUGAUUCAAUUCAUGUCAAAAUUUGUGCUUGUUAAUACAAUUCAUGGUCAAGAUUGGUUCACUUUGAAAGAUCCGAUUGGCUAACCUAAAAUCAAUCCAGGAAAUCGUGAGCCAAAAAUUCAGCUAGUGUGACUCAGAGAUAAAUCCCUUGGUACUAAACAGUGCAGGUGAAGCUUUCCAGAUUCCUUAUAUUUCUUGCAAGAUAAUCAAGUGUAAAUUAUAUAUGUGUUCAAACAAAAAAAGCAAACAAGAAUUCAUGGCAAAUCCAUUCACAUGUCACAUCUGGUCACGUGUCUUCCACACAUUGGACUGUGAUAAGGCUGUAAUAAAUUGUAAUCCUUUUUUGCUGUCA